CCAAAUAAAAAGGGACCUUAUUACGUUAUAACUUGAUAGUUUUAUUGUAAAAACGUGAAACUUACCAUGUUAUAACUUGAUAAGGUACAUUUUAUUUAAAUUUGGAACUGGGUUGAUUGCUUUAGGCUUCCGUAAUUUGUACGUAUUUAUUUUCGAAGAAAAGAUUUAUUACAAGCACAUUUACUGGUAUGAUUCAGGAGGUUCGAUUUAUUUCCAGCUUAAACAUACUAAUUGUUGGCAUAUUUGGUAAUAGUCCUUGCUAGACUAGCUUAUUAUUACAAGCUCUUGGGAUAGAAAUAAAGCUCCUACACUAAUUUUAAACUUGUAAAAACGCAUAGGUGGUGAUGUUGUGCAGUUGGAUCAAAUUGAACAGAACAAGGAAGUUCCCGGAUGGUGACACACUUCAGCAAGGAUGGCGCUCCGGACAACUGGGAUUCGUUUGUUGCAAUUUCACAGGGCCUAUUUCAAGACAGUCUCAAUUCAAGCACCGGGACUCGUCCGAUUCAAAAGCACCAGCCCCGUUGAAGUGAGCCAUCUCGAUCAUUUGGUGUUGACAGUGAAAAGUGUGCCAGACACAGUCAACUUUUAUACCUCAGUUCUUGGCAUGGAGGUGAUCACUUUCAAGGGAAACCGUAAGGCGCUUGGGUUUGGGCAGCAGAAAUUUAAUCUUCAUCAGCUGGGCCAGGAGUUUGAACCAAAAGCCAAGAAUCCAACAGCAGGCUCAGCAGACCUCUGUCUUAUCACCAAAACCCCUCUGACUACAGUAGCUGAGCAUCUGAAGAUUUGUGGGGUUGAGAUUGAAGAGGGUCCUGUGGAGAGGACAGGUGCUGUGGGGCUCAUUACUUCCCUUUACUUUAGAGAUCCUGACCACAAUCUCAUUGAAGUAUCAAACUACAGCCAGUCAAAUGCAGAAGGUUCUUCUUGAAACUUGUAUUUGUAUAAAGUCAAGCUCAAUGUUAUUUAGAAAUUAAGACGAGUGAAAAAUACUGUUUCCAAGAGAAUUUAUUUUCAGAGUAAAAUAAAAUGUUUUAACACAUA